GGAUAGCCAAGCCCAGGGAUAGCGGCUGUGAUUCUAGUCUGUCCUGUGGCUUCUGCACCCAAGCGAGCCUGAGCCAGGGACCCCCGUCUCCAGCCUUCGCAUCUGGAACCCCGAGUCCCCCUUGCGCCCCCUCGCCCGGGGUCCCCGAAUCCCCGCGUCCCGGGGCCCAGACCACCCGGAAGGAUGCGCGGUGCGCCGACGGCCGGAGCAGCCCUGGUGCUGUGCGCCGCCACCGCCGGCCUGCUGAGCGCUCAGGGCCGCCCGGAGCCGCCCGAGCAGCCGCGCUUCGCGUCCUGGGACGAGGUGAAUGUGCUGGCGCACGGACUCCUACAGCUCGGCCACGGGCUGCGCGAGCACGUGGAGCACACCCGUGGGCAGCUGGGAGCGCUGGAGCGGCGUCUGAGCGCGUGCGGGGCCUCCUGCAAGGAGCCCGAGGGGGCCCCCGCGCCUCCGCUCGUCCGGGCGAGUCGGGCCCCUCCCAGCGGCGACGUCGCCCCAGAGACCCUCCGCAGCUUGCAGACUCAGCUCAAGACCCAGAACAGCAGAAUCCAGCAACUCUUUCAGAAGGUAGCCCAGCAGCAGCGGCACCUUGAGAAGCAACACCUGAAAAUUCAGAAUCUGCAGAGUCAGGUGGGCCACCUGGCCCCUAUGCACCUGGGCCACGGGGUGGCCAAGCCUUCCAGGAGGAAGAGGCUACCCAAGAUGGCCCAGCUUGUUGGACCAGCCCGUAAUAUCAGCCGCCUGCACAGACUGCCCAGGGACUGUCAGGAGCUGUUCGAAGAGGGAGAGAGGCAAAGUGGACUGUUCCAGAUCCAGCCCCAGGGGUCUCCACCAUUCCUGGUUAACUGCAAUAUGACCUCAGAUGGAGGUUGGACCGUAAUUCAGAGGCGCCAGGAUGGCUCCGUGGACUUUAACCAGCCCUGGGCAGCCUACAAGGAUGGCUUUGGAGACCCCCAAGGUGAAUUCUGGCUGGGCCUGGAGAAGGUGCACCGCAUCAUGGGGGACCGGGGCAGCCGCCUGUCUGUGCAGCUGCAGGACUGGGAAGGUAAUGCUCAGUCACUGCAGUUCCCUGUCCACCUGGGUGGCGAGGACACAGCCUACAGCCUGCAGCUCACGGAGCCUGUUGCCAGCAAAUUGGGGGCCACCACCAUCAUGCCCAGCGGCCUCUCCCUGCCCUUCUCUACUUGGGACCAGGACCACGACCUCCGCCAGGACAAGAACUGCGCAAAGAGCCUCUCUGGUGGCUGGUGGUUCGGCACCUGCAGCCACUCCAACCUUAACGGCCAGUACUUCCACUCCAUCCCACGGCAGCGGCAGCAGCGUAAGAAGGGAAUCUUCUGGAAGACCUGGCGGGGCCGCUACUAUCCGCUGCAGGCCACCACCAUGCUGAUCCAGCCCACAGCAGCUGAAGCAGCCUCCUAGCCUCCUCCCUGGGGCCUGGUCCCAGGUUCCUAGAGGACAGUUACUCUGACUCUAGUCACUCCCUGCCCAGGCAGGGGCUCCCGGCUGGGGCCAUCUGGAGCCUCGUGGACAGAGAAGAUGCCCAAGACUGGAGAGGCCCCCUUUCUGAGUUGGGGGACUGCAGGAAGUACCCCCUGGGAAGGACAGAGCUGCAGGGCUACGGAGCACAGGGCCCUGAAACUGGGGGAUUGAGGGGCGUGGAGGCCUGAUUCUUUGCCCGCCUGAGGAGUAGGGGAUGCAAAGGGACCACCCAGGGGCAGCCAGGCCGGCCCUCGAUGGCGGAUUCAGUCACAUUGACUGGCUGGGGGACCAGGGCUCCCCUAAGUGCUGAGUGCCCUCACGGUGCUGUGGCGUGUGGGUGCUGUGGGCGAGUCGGUGCCAACAGUGUCUGGGCGGAGCCCGCAGAAUUCUUGGAAUAAAAGCAACCUCAGAACA